AUGAGUGGUGAUACCAAGAACGAUAUCCUCAACAUCGCGUCGUCGAUCUACUUUGUCAACUUGGUCGUAAUUGUACGCACCCGUCGACUGUCGCUCAUCAACCAUGCGCCUUGGCGAAACCCUUAUCUGUUACCUGCCAUCGUUUUCGCAAUGAUCAUCGCCAUCUUCUUCUUGUAUGUGCCCAAGUUCCACAGCGUUCUUGACACUGCAGUAGUUCCAGUCGAGUAUUGGUUCUUGCCCUUCGCUUUCGGAAUUGGCUUACUGCUGUUCGACGAGACCAGGAAAUUCCUUGUAAGAAAAUACCCUAGGAGUAUCCUUGCCAAGAUGGCGUGGUAA